AGCAAAGUACUCCAGUUGACAAAGUCAAGCUUACACCCAUCCAUAAAAUCAGAUACAUUUCUUCCCCAUAUUUUGCCAACCUCUCUCUCUAAACAUAAUAGUGAUCAAAGUGAGAGUUAAAUGGGAAGAGCACCUUGUUGUGACAAAAGCAAGGUAAAGAGGGGGCCAUGGUCUCCUGAGGAAGACACCACUCUCAGAAACUAUGUUCAGAAGCAUGGCACUAUUGGAAGCUGGAUUUCUUUGCCUCAAAAAGCAGGGCUGAAGCGAUGCGGCAAGAGCUGUCGGCUGAGAUGGCUUAAUUACCUUAGGCCCAACAUCAAGCAUGGCGGCUUCACUCAUGAAGAAGAUUCCAUCAUUCUCACACUCUAUCAUACCAUUGGAAGCAGGUGGUCCGUGAUAGCUUCACAGCUUCCAGGGAGAACAGACAACGACGUCAAGAACUAUUGGAACACCAAGCUAAAAAAGAAGCUAUUGGCUGCCAAUCAUCCAACCGCCGCCACUACAACAAUGGAGAGCAUUAACUCAAAAAUCGACAACAUGUUGCCAUAUUUCCCGGUCGAUGCAGAAAUUGUGGACUCUCAGUUCCUACUUCCCGGCCUCAAAGAAACACCGGAUUCCGCACCACUUCCUUCAGCUCAUGCAAGCCUUUCAAACAUUCAUGUAAAUGGAUCAUCCGAAGACGACUCGUUUCUGGUUGAAUUAAUGCCCUAUGAUGCCUUCGAUUUCGUCCAAGACAGAUUCAACCAUCAACUUAACUAUCUCGAACCGAUGUAUCAAAGUUAUACGUAUUAAUUAAGUUAUUCUAUGUUAAGUUGAAGAAGAGAGGAGUGAUGUUAAUGCAUUCAAUAAAUCUUAAUGGCUGAAAUUUAGUGGUAAUGGAUAUGUGUUCAUUAGUUUAUGGUAUAUAUAGUUGUGUUUAAACUACUAAUGUUAAUUAGCUGUCGUUGAAAUUUUAUGGUCUUUUUUAAUUGAUUA